UUCAGCUCACCAAGUCAAUCAAGCUAUUCCCGAUCUUCGCCUAACAACCUUUGAAAAUAUGGAAGGUGAUGAACGCAGGCAAGGUUCAAGUUCUCACGAUCCGACAUUAGAAAGAAGAGCACCUGAUAGUGGUGGUCUAACCUCUACCGACCAACUGCAUGAAGAAUCCACAUCCAAUGCUUCUUUGAACAGUGCCACAUGUGGGGUUGGCACUACAGAAGCAUCUUCUACGCUGGCAGGUCCAAGUUUAGCUGCAGAGGCAGGAGAAGUCCUCGUAAGUAGUACUCGGCAAAGAACUGCUCCAUCUGACCAAGAAAAUUUGGUUGACAAUGCAAUGGGACUCCAAGACCAUGGCAGCACCAUACAAUUUCGGAGUCAUACUAGGGUUCCAGGCCACUGGUGGUUACUUGGUGUGAUUUACCAGGAUGUUGAGGAUGAAGAUUACGAGGAUGACUCAGAUGACUCAGAUGACUCAGAAGAUGACAUGCAUCUUGUCAAUGAUAACACGUCAUAUGGGGAAUUGCGUGAGCUUGGAGAGCACAUUGGCAAUGUAAGCAACGGGCUAAGGGAGGAAGUAAUUAUGGCUAAGCUGAAGCGACACAAGUAUAGCUGCUCAACAAUGGGCUAUCCAGUUGAUGCGGAGACUUGCUGCAUAUGUCAGGAGGAGUAUGCAGAUGAUGAAGAUGUUGGGAAGCUGGACUGUGGACAUGAGUAUCAUGUAGUCUGCAUCAAGGAAUGGCUGUCAAAGAAGAACUCUUGCCCCAUUUGCAAGAAGACUGCCUUGGCUGCAUGAGAUCCCAAUCCCAUCAGGAAGAAGUCAGGCCCUUGUUGCUUCUGGGACCUCAAUAGAAUUUAUAAGGAGUUCUGGGCUGGAGUGGAUCGUGGCUCCGCUGCUGUGGGAGGAUACUUCUGUGAAGGCUAAUGCUAGGGAUGGGACCACAUCAGACUGCUAUGGGUCUUGUCAGCAUGAGUACGAAGGUACUCAUUCUCUUUAUAGAUUUUAUCUGUCACUUGAAGCAAGGCUUUCAUCUCCUGUGCAAGUUCUACACGCUGCAUCUCCAUUUCCAUUUAUGCCUAUAUGAUCCUCAACCUCCCUUCCAAACCAGCAUAUGAUCCAUCGCUGUCAUCCUCAUUGCUUGAAUCUCUGGUGAGCACCAUCGUGAGCUAGUAGGUUUCUUGUUCAAGCUUCUCACAUAAUGUACAGUUAAUGACACUUUCAGCUGCUUGAACACUACAUACUGGCUCACCUCCUAACAAAAGUCACAACUCUUUAAGUACUUGAGGUUUAUCCAUGUAAAACUCUCUAAUAAAACCUUUGAGAGCUCCCGAGAGUUCCUUAAGUGUACGCAAAUAGAGGAUGGUCUCGUAUGGC